ACCAUCACCUUAUAUUUUGAAAAAUUCAGAAAUGAAGCCUCAGUUUCAAGUGAGGGUUAAGUGUUUGGGUAGUCAUGAUUCGACAGCGCUGUCAUCUGAUUCAGUUUCAGCGAAUGGAACUUCUUUCAUUGGACAGAAAGAGAAGAAUGGAGCUCUUAUUGAUGGAUGCGUUAGGGAGAAAGGGGAAACUGGGCCUUUAAUUGAUGAAGGAGAUGGUAGAUCGAAGUCUAGAGUUGAGAAAAAGUGGGUGAAAGAUGUUUCACAAGGUUUGAAAGUGUUGUGGGAUGAUGGAUAUGGAACUAACACAGUAAAGGAUUAUCUAGAUGUCGCCAAGGAUAUGAUUAGGCCUGAUGGAGGGACCUCGCCACCUCGUUGGUUUUGCCCUGUUGAAUGCGGGAAACCUCUAAAAAAUUCUCCAAUUCUUCUGUUUUUACCAGGGAUCGAUGGUGUUGGCUUGGGACUUACUUUGCACCAUAAAGCUCUUGGGAGGGUGUUUGAAGUUCAGUGUCUUCAUAUUCCAGUGUAUGACAGAACACAAUUCGAAAUAUUGGUGAAAUUUGUUGAAGAAACUGUGAGAAUUGAGCAAGUUUCGUCACCAGCUAAGCCCAUUUAUCUAGUGGGUGAUUCUUUGGGGGGAUGUCUAGCACUUGCUGUUGCUGCCCGUAAUCCUAAAAUUGACCUUGUAUUGAUACUGGUAAAUCCAGCUACAUCAUUUGGCAGGUCACAGCUACAACCCUUGCUUCCUGUCUUAGAGGCUUUACCUGAUGGGUUUAAUAAUGCAGUCUCCUAUCUCCUUAGCUUCAUUAUGGGAGAUCCAUUGAAGAUGGCAAUGGUUGAUAUCGACUAUGCGCUUCCUUCUAGAUCAAAAAUUGAAAAACUCUCUGGCAAUCUUGUUGGUUUGAUACCACUACUUUCUGUUUUGGCCGAUAUCAUUCCAAAGGAUACUCUUCUUUGGAAGUUGAAACUGCUUAAAUCAGCUGCUGCUUAUGUCAAUUCACGUCUUCAUGCUGUAAAAGCUGAAGUGCUGUUGCUUGUCAGUGGCAAGGAUUAUAUGCUCCCUAGUUGUGAAGAAGCCAAGCGUCUUAACAGUUUACUACAGAAUUGCAUAGUUCGUAACUUCAGAGACAACGAGCACACACUUCUACUGGAAGAUGGGAUUAGUUUGCUCACUAUUAUUAAAGGCACUGGCAAAUACCGUCGUUCAAGGAGGCUUGAUUUUGUCUCUGACUUUCUACCACCUAGCAUGUCAGAAUUCAAAUCCUUCUUUAACGAAGUAGUUGGGAAUUUGCGCUUUGCUACCGGUUCUGCUAUGUUCUCAACUCUGGAUGACGGAAGGAUAGUAAGAGGUCUUUCUGGAGUUCCGGAUAAAGGUCCUGUCUUAUUAGUUGGUUACCACAUGCUGAUGGGAUUUGAAGUUUAUUCCCUUGUUGAGCAAUUCUUGAGAGAGAAGAAUAUUGUAGUGCGUGGUUUAGCGCAUCCAACACAUUUUAACGGGGCGCUUGAGAAUUCAUCUAAUGAAUUUUCUUUAUCUGAUUGGAUAGAAGUAAUGGGUGCAGUACCUGUCACAGCAAGCAAUCUUUUCAAAUUGCUUUCAGCAAAAUCACAUGUACUUCUUUAUCCAGGAGGUACACGGGAGGCUCUGCACUACAAAGGUGAAGAGUAUCAGUUAUUUUGGCCAGUUGAACAAGAAUUUGUGAGAAUGGCUGCGAGGUUUGGGGCUACAAUUGUACCAUUUGGUGUUGUUGGAGCAGAUGACAUAGCUGAAUUGGUCCUUGAUUACUGUGAUCUGAUGAAAAUCCCUGUGGUGAACGACUACAUUAGAGAGAUUACUCGAACUGCUCCAAGAAUCAGAUAUUAUGUUUCUGAUUAUAGGGAUGAGAGUCAAGGAGAGGUUGCCAGCCAAGAACUAUUUCCUCCGGGCCUUUUGCCUAAACUACCCGGUCGCUUUUAUUUUCUUUUCGGCAAGCCCAUUGAAACAAAGGGAAAGGAAGAACUGUUGAAAGACAAAAAUUAUGCGAAUGAGAUGUACUUGCAGGUAAAAUCCGAAGUUAGACGCAAUAUAGACUACCUAUUGAAGAAGCGAGAGGAAGAUCCUUAUAGAAAUGUCAUUAAUAGAACUCUACAUCGUGCAUUAUAUUCUCCUUUGGAUAAAGUACCGGCAUUUGAUCCCUAAGAGAUUUAUAGACAAGGCAGUAGUUAGUUUUAAAACCUCUAUACAAUUAUUGAUUCACUGAAAGUCAAUAGUGUACAAGAGAAAGCACAUGUAAUGAAAACUAUGGGGCCUCUGGAACCAGCUAUAUAUGAAAAGAAGGUUUCGCGUUUUUAACUAGCAA